UGUUCCCAUUCGGCUCAGCCUCGCCACCAGCACCCAGUGCUCGCAGUGCCCGCAGUCCCCACACAUGGACCUGUCUCACGUCCCUGCUGCCCGGGAGAAGGGCUGGUACCUGGCGCUCAUGGCCCCCAACGUCAAGGGUCCCAACUACGCCUGGCUGGACCCCUCCCGGCUCUACUGCCACCCGCAAGGCUUGCAGGACUGUGUGGCCGACCUGCUGCAGCCCUUCCAGGGAGAUCCCAUCGACAUGGUGGCUGGCAUCGAUGCCAUGGGCUUCAUCCUGGGUGCUGCCGCCGCGGCCAUGCUGCAGAAAGGCUUCCUGGCCAUCCGCAAAGCCGGGCACCUCUGUGUGCAGACAGUGGCACAGCCCUACACCGACUACUCGGGCCGGGAGAAGGUGAUGGAAGUCCGCACUGAUGCCAUCUCGCCAGGUCUGCACAUCCUUCUCGUGGACCAGUGGGUUGAAACUGGGGGCACCAUGCGAGCGGCCAUUGGGCUGGUGGAGCGGCUGGGGGGGGUCGUGGCAGGUGUCGCUGCCAUCUGCAUCGAGGACAGCGAGGGCGGGCGGUGGAUCCGGGAGCGCUACAAGUGCUCCCACUGUGUCCCCCCCCACCUGCAGCCCCGCUUCGACCACCACCAGUUUGGCUGGGACUGACUGACUGGCACCUCAUGUGUCCCCUGCAGCCCCUCGAGGAGUGCAGGGCUGCUGGCUCUGCAGGGCAGGAUGCCCCAGACAUCCACUACAGAUGGAACUCCUCCUCGGUGGCAGCCAUCCAUCCUCCCUGCCUCCGUCCUUCCACCUGCCCAUGAGUCUGGGGGCUGCAGCCCCGGCCCUCUGCCCCACAUUUUUCUUAAAAAGCAUAAAAAACGUUUUAUUAAGACAAA